AUGAACAACUCCACUGUUGUGGGACUGGCGGAUGUCCAGUGUCAGCUCAACGAUCCCCUGCAGUUUGUCGUAGUGCCAGCCACUUAUUGCCUGGUGUUAUGUGUGGGAUUGCCCGGCAAUGUGGCAGCCUUGCUUGUUUUCCUUCAGAAUGGACGAGUCAGGAAAGCCAUUCGCAUCUACCUCCUCAACCUCACCUUGGCCGAUAUCUUCUUCAACCUCACCCUGCCCUUCUGGAUCACCUACUACCUAGCUAAAGGACACUGGAGUCUGCCAGAAGUCUUCUGCCGCUUGGCUGGUGCGGUCUACUAUCUGUCCACCUACAGUGCCAUGGCCUUCAUGACCUUGAUCAGCCUGAACCGAUACUGUACGGUGGCAAAGGUAGAACUGGUCCUGAACCGGCCCCAGGGGGCACUGAUCUGCUGUGUGAUGGCCUGGAUUUUGUGCCUACUUUGUGCCGUUCCUUCAUUGACUAAGCAGCAAACCCACCAGGGAGAGUCCACCAGCUUAAAAUGCUUUGAACAGCACUCGGGCCAGAGGACCUAUGCCUAUGCUAUGGUGGUCAUCUUCACUCUGUCUUUCUUGGUUGUGUUGGGGACCUACUUGUCUAUCAUGAGGACACUGUCCACUGCAGCUGGCACAUGUCAAGGUGGCCCGCGCAGAGCACGUGCCAUGGUGCUGGGCAUGCUCUUAGUGUUUGUGGUCUGUGUGGCACCUUAUCACCUCUCCUUGGUUCCUUGGUCUCGCCAUAUGUCGGGUUUGGCCUGUAGCCCUCCAUCAUUCUUGGAUAACCUUCACAUGUUGAGUGCUCUCCUGAGCCUGAACAGUUGCAGCCCUCUGAUCUAUUGCUUUCUCCUCAAACGCUUCAGGGCUGACUUAUGGACAUGUGCGAAAGACCGCCAGCUGCCAUCCCCGUCUCUUCAUCGUCUGCCUCCACCUCUGCAACACCGUCAAAAUCGAGUUCCCCCAACCUCCGGUCUUCUUCUUUAA